AUGAUCGAACGCGCCAGUCAGUUGAAAACUAGACACAAUUCACCAGGGAAGGCAUUGUAACGGUGCCGGUCUAAGUGUGAAGAUGAAAGGUCCCCUGUUGACCAGCGUCGUGCUGUUCGUGCUGGUACAGCAAGUGCUGUCGUCCAAAUAUCGCUCAUCUGGUGACGAAUACACCGGCGAUAGUGUGAAUGGAUUAAGCAACAUAGUGGUGGACUUGGUAGCUUCGGAUGCUUAUCCAAGUGCCUAUCGCACCACUGGGCUAUCAACCAAUCUGGCCAACAGCGGAAGUGUCUUCACAGGCAACAGCCGCUACGGCGGCGGUUAUGCUCAUCGACAUCCUAGGCGGAGAGGCGGCGACUACGGAUAUGAAUAUGACGAUUCUUCCUACGGCACUUACGACACCGGGUAUGACACUGACUCGUACGGCCAUGACGGUGGAGAUGACUAUAGCCAAGACAUCGUCGUUUAUGUAGACGAUAAGGACCAGGGCAGAGGACAUGGUCAGCGGCGAAAUCGAUACGACGAUGACAGCUAUGGAUAUAACGACAAAAAACAUAAAACUGGCGACUGGGCCAAGAAUCUUUUUCGCAGAGUUCAGAGGGGCGGUCACGGCAGGGGCCGAGGCACUCGCAUUGGCAGUUACUUGAGGAACAUGGGCAGGCACGGUAAACAGGGCUAUGGCGACGAUAGACAGAGCGGCUAUGGCGACGAUAGGCACAGCGGCUAUGGCGACGAUAGGCACAGCGGCUAUGGCGACGAUAGGCAGAGCGGCUAUGGCGACGAAAGGCACAGCGGCUAUGGCGACGAUAGGCAGAGCGGCUACGGCGAUCAGCGUAAACAUGACAACAAGCACACGGCACAUGGCAGAUUCUCGGCGAAAUCACAAGUAAAUGAUCAAAGCAUUAGUGUCCACUACUACGGAAAUUCCAGAAAGCUACAACCUAUUCAGCAACCUUACGGCUACAAUAACAAUUACAGACACUGAAUAGAUAAUGAGUUAAUGUCAUAAUUCUUUUAGUAUAUAUUUAUAUAUAUUGUUUUAACUAACGUUAUUGUCCUCAAUAUAUGCAAAGCUCAUACCAACAAACGAACCUCAUGCCACGGAUAAAACCAGUUAUAAUUGUAAUCGUUUUCCGUUGGCCGUAAAGGAUAUAUAUAUAUGUCAUUGUAUUUGAACACAUGAACACAUAAUAUCACAGCUUUUCCUCGUUUCCAUCAGGCAGAAGUAUUUCGCCAGCAACCAUUAGUGACCAUGACCUAUAGUGUAAUAGAUAUAUAGUAACUAUUAUAUCAUUCGUGUAUGUCUAUGAUAAAUGUUGUAAACUAUGAAAGGAUGUUUAUAUACACACGCGAACGUAUGCGCGCACACAUGCAUCUAUGCGAGUACGCACGCAGAAACGCGCAUACAUUGAUGUUGAAGAAUUCAUUAAUAUGAUACUAUAUCUUGAUCAAAAUAAAUAUAUUCAUUAAUAUGUGACUAUGUAACACGAAAAUAACGCAAUGAUAAUUAAGCAAUGUGUAACUAAAGGUUAGUGACUUAUUUUUUAUGCCAGUUUUGGAAAAUAAAAUACGCGGUUAUGUAAAUACAUAUUUAUAUGUGCCUUCAACAAAUAAAAAAAAAUUAACAUGUGAAUCAAA